GUCACUAUGAAUCUGGGGGAACUAGUACGGCCGAUCAAUGAAGAAUAGGAGAACGUCCUGAAUACGGAAAUUAGCUGUGGCAGUGUCCGUCGCGUAGUUUGUUGAUUGAGCGCGCUGAUUAUCUCAUCAUGUGACUACGCGUUGUUUGUCAGACGCGUUCCAGUUUAAAAGGGGCGCUGCAGAAUUCAGGUUCUCGAGAUCACCCCCUUCAAGUUCAACGCCCCAGCUUCAUCAAGACUUUACCCAGAUAUCCCUUGCUAUGUCUGCUGAAACUCCCGUAUCUGCUUCCAAACCUGCUUCAGCCGCCAAGCCUGCUUCAAAGCCUGCCUCCAAAGUCAGGGCCACCAAGGCUGUUACUACCAAGAAAGCCACAGCAACCAAGAAGGCCACCACGACCAAGAAGACCGUUACCAAAGCAAAGACUACUACCACUGCUACCCGACCCUCGUGGAAGGAUAUCAUUACCGCAUGCAUCACUGACCACAAGGAGGAAGCGCGCCAGGGAGUUUCUCGUAGCACCAUUAAGAAGUACGCCGAGGACCGAUACAAUAUCGAAGUCGUAGGGGUCAACUUGUUCCAACUCAAGAAGGCUAUCAGUACUGGAGCCGAUAACGGCGUCUUUGUCUUGCCCAAGGGACUCUCUGGCAAGGUGAAGCUCCCGUCCAAGAAGGCAUCCACAGCUACCAAGGAGAACGCUAAGCCCAAGACCGCGAUCAAAGCCACCACGGUCAAGAAGCCUGCUGCGAAAUCAGCAACGAAGGCUGUCACGAAAGCUCCUGCUAAGGCAACUACCAAGACUGCGACCAAGGCCACUGCUAAGACCACAACCAAGAAAGCGGAACCCAAGAAGGUGCUUGCCGGUAAGCCCAAGAUUGCCUCAGCGGCCAAAAAGACCGCCACCACAUCCAAAAGGGGUGCAGCGAAGAAGACAAUAACUGGAACAAAGGUUACAGCGAAGAAACCCACGGCAGCGAGGAAGACCGCAGGUGCGACGAAAAAGACUGGUGCCGCCUCCAAGGUUCGAUCAAAGCCGACUUCUAGGGCUAAGGCUUCGGCUUGAGAAGGAAGUGUGGGAGGAGAUGGGUACUUUUGACGACAUUUUAUUUUUAUUAUUGUAGUUUUAGUAUGUUAUUGUCGUCAUGCUUGAUGUUAUUCCGGAUAUCUAUAUAUGGAAACGCCCAGAAUGAGAUAAGGACCCCGAAACCCAAAGUGACAGGGGACCCGACAGGGUGGCAACAGGGAGUGAUGGAUGACCUAAUAUAGAAGGGCACGCUAGCGGGUGACAUGGA